UCUCCCAAGAGAUUUACUAGGUAGUUGAGAUAUUGAGAUAUUGAUGAAGCCUGGAAUUCAUCUACGUCUUCAACAUGGCUUUACAACAGCUGCCGUCCGCUCUUCGACAGCUUGCCCUUGCCGCGCGGCAUACACGACCGGUCGCCAAAUGUAUAUUCCCAAUAUCCCGGCGGUAUGCUUCGAGUGAAGUUGCGCCAGCCCAGGAACAGGACGCUGUACCCGUGCCCGCACCCGUCCCAGAAGAUUUCCAGGAUCUCGAAACGGAAUCCUCCUUCAACACCGAGUAUUCUGAAAGCGAUGUCGUCAAAAGUUUUGAUCCGGUGAAAAGAGCAAAGAGAAGGAGGGGUCAGCUUCCUCCGAGUCGGUACGUUGGGUCAAUUGGAUCGAUCCAAUUAGGGCAAACAACUUACACAACACUUCAGAUAUCAAUUCCGAUCCCCAAGAUACUACAGAGGACCUUUACAUCCACAUCAACCUCCUCCCACCUCCGAUCCUGCAUCUCGUCAAUUCAUCCCGGGCCCCUUUUCCCACACUCGUCUUGAACAAACAUGGCAAUCUACCAUUGCCCCCGACAUCAUGACACUAGGUUACGUCCACAAACCACCGGGAACUGUCGACCCGGUGAAGUCAGAACGAUUAAGAACCUGGGACGGCUCCUCGCCAUAUCAUAAGAACAGACCUAAACGUGGUCCUAGAGGUCCAGAGGGUGUUCUCCGAAUGAUUGAGCAGGAUAUCAAUUGGCGCAACAUUCCCAAAAUCACCGGUGUCACAGUCCACAGCAUGGUGAAAGGAGCAAUUGAGGAUUCUUCUCAUUUGCAUGUAGCUGGGAUGGUUCUUCAAAGUGUCACUGGAGUCCAACCCCAAGUACACAGAGCGAAGCAUGGUGUGGCGCAGUUUGGAAUUCGAGAGCGCAUGCCUAUAUCUCUGACAUGCACAAUUCGGGGCAAUAUGGCAUACGAGUUUAUUGACAAAUGUAUCAAUCUCGUAUUUCCAAGAAUCAAGGACUGGGAGGGAGUCAAAGGUAGCCUGUUUACUAUGUCAAAACCUGACAAUGCUAAUGACAUGCACAGGCUCUACUGGUGACAGCAGUGGAAACAUAACCUGGGGUUACAACAGAGAGGGUGUCAUGCUCUUUCCAGAAGUGGAGAUCAACUACGAUGUAAGCCACUCAACAUUCAACUCAAAAUCAAGAAGAAAUGCUGAUCAUGACCUAGAUGUACCCUCCGAGAUUGAUUCCAGGUUUCCACGUCACAGUUCAUACCUCGGCAAAAUCUGAUAGACAUGCACGAUUGCUCCUUAGUUCAAUGGGAGUUCCAUUUUACGGGAAGCUGAUUGAUUAGUCAUUAUACAGGACUUGCGGUCUUGGUAGGUACUCCCAGAUGAACUAUGUAAAUAUUUGUACACUUGCUGUAAUACAUAAGAAAAUCUAUUCUUGAC